CUUUCUUUAAGAUAAAACUGUCAGCCACGUUAUUCACUCACCGACCAAAGUCAUCUCAAACAAACCAUAAUAAUAAAAAACUUUGUCUAAGAGAGUGAGAAAAAGAGGAACAUCCCUCCACGUUGUUGGAUUUGGGACAAAGCAUCAAAUUUUGGUCAUUUCAAAACAAACAUGUUGCGCACAUCUCCCACUUUCUUGUAACCUUAAUUUCCACUAAAGAUCAUCAGAACUCAGGCCACCAUUAUCGGAGCUGAAGAACAAGAAGAACAAUGGGGAUUACAAGAAACUGGUGGUUUAGAAGAGUCAGAAGGACGUUGAGUAGAAAAGGCAACAGGGACAUUGUUUUUCUGCAGACAAAUGCAGAAGAAGAACAACAACAAGAAAUUGCUUAUGAUUCAAUUAUUCCAAGUUUCCAAAAGAAAGCUCUGUGUUUAGAGGAAGUGGCAGCCAUCAAAAUCCAAACUUGUUUCAGAGGCCAUCUUGCAAGACGAGCAUUUCGAGCACUAAGAAGCUUGGUGAAGCUGCAAGCGCUGGCUCGAGGGGUGUGCGUGAGGAGACAGGCACGCAUAGCUCUUCAGUUCAUGCAUACAUUGGCUCGAUUGCAAGUUCGGGUUCGGACUCGCCAGCUUGUGAGCAGAUACAGUGAGGAGUCUGAUUGUUGAAACUUCCUCCAAAUGGCAUCAUUGUUCCUUCAAAACUGAAUAGAAAGGUAUCAUUUACAUUAGCAGAUGCUUUUACAACACUAUAAUCCUAUCUGUCUGCAACAAUGUGGCUAACUUCAUUGAGAAUCCUAUUCUAUAA